UAUCGGUGUAUUUAAGAGCAUCGGUUAUGGAUAUUUACCCGUUUUCCUAUUUAUUUAUUUUUUUAAGGAAAAAUACUAAAUUACCUCGUAUUACCUCACACCUCAAAUUAGGCACCCACGCCUCACCUACCCAUUACAUUUGGUGCUUCUAAACCGGAGCCGUAGGAAUCAAUCGUCAGAAGCUGUAGCAGCGUCCUCCUUGGCCUUGGUCCUCCUCCUGGCCAGCCAGGUUACAAAACAGACCUGGCAGGGCGGCGGGGGCUUAUCCACUUGAACUGAUGGACAGUUGAGCAUGCAUAAUGCCUAUGAGGCGCUAUAGAACACUUGCACCCGUGGAAAGAUGAGGCAUGAUAAACAGGUGCUAUAUCACUUUCACGCAGAUAAGAAGCAAGCAGGGAGUUACCGUGCCCUAUCUGGGUCCAGUAGCGGCGGAACACCUUCAAUUAAGGGGGGGGGGGGGGGGGGCACCGCCGACUUUUGAUCCCAUUCUUUCCAUGCAACACCCAUAGGGCUAAUGUUAAAAUGCCAAAAUCAAAGGCGGGCACGGUGCCCCGGUGCCCUCCCUGUUCCGCCGCCUAUGUCUGUGUCUACUGCACAUUAGCGUCUAAUCUAGCAACGCUCUACAUUGCUAGAUUAGACAAACUGCGCCAUGACGCGACUCAAAGUCCACUGCACUGCCCCACUGCACACUGUAUCUAUCGGGCGGAAGAUGUCCCCGCGCCGAGUCAUUCUGUGGUCGCUGGGGCAGCCGGCUGGCUCAGUCGCCUUUCCUCCGCCUGCGGACGAGCGCUGCCGGUUGGGACCCAGUUCACAUCAACCCGUGAAGCCCGUGCACGUAUUUGUGUUGUAUGCUUGUGUCCUUGGAAGAAACUCAGUGUUAUCAGCUAUGGUCGGCACGUCAGGAUUGCUGGUCGUUCGGAUCGUGACUCCGAGGCUUCAGGUUGACUUCGCCGUAAAGCGCACAACAACAGGGAAACAGCUGUUCAGACAAGUGGUGGACAUUCUAGACCUCCACGAACCCUGGUUUUUCGGUCUACAGUUCGUUGACCAGAGUGGAAAAACGGUCUGGCUGCAGCCUGAAGAGCGUCUGACCAGUCGCACCGCGCAAAAACAGUCGCCGCUUCGCUUCACCUUUUGCGCUCGCUUUUGGCCACAAGAAUCGGCGUGGACGCUGGGAGACGUAGCUACGGAGCUGCUGUUUCUCCAGGUGCGCGGAGCUGUGCUCGACGGCACGCUCUUCUGUCCGCUGGCCACCGCCAUCGAGCUGGCGGCCUAUGCGCUGCAGGCUCGCUGCGGCGACUUCCUCGACGCUCGCCUGGAGAGUGGCCAGCUGACCAGGAACCGGCACCUGCCGCUAAAGCUGGAGGGUCCGCUGCGGGGCUCCGGAGAGUGGCAGGAGCGCGUGGCCGCCCUUCACCGGCGGCUGCACGGCCUGCCGCGGCGGGACGCUCAGCACGAGUAUCUGCUGCGCGCCCAGCAGCUGCCCGGCUUCGGCACCACCUUCUAUCACAUCCGCUGCGAGAAUCCCCUGGGUGGACAGCCGGCCGGCCGCCGCGUCUGCUGGUUCUGGAUCGGCGUCACACCGUUCGGCAUCAACGUCUAUGAGGACAAACUGACGCCGUUUCUGCGCAUCUCUUGGGAUCAAAUCCACAGCAUACGCUAUGAAUGCUGCAAGUUUGCGAUCAAAAUGCGUGCUAGAGAAAAGUUUAAGUUUUUCACACGCAGCCAGAAUCAGAGUCAAGAGCUUCUGUUGAGCAUCAAAGGUCAGAAGCACGCCAUCACCAUGCAACGGAAGGGUGACGGGGACGAUCCCUCCGCCAGUCCGUCUGAGGACGUGUCGCUGCGAGGCUCCGCUGGAGAUGGGGACUGCCUCCACCUGGCAAUGCGCAGCUUCAGCAUCGAGGCAGAAAUAGAGCGACACGACGGCGGCCCGCCGGCCUGGCUCGAGUCGCUGGAGGCCACCGGCUGGCUGGACAUGGUGCAGCAUUGGUGUCACCAGUCGGCCAGCAUGGACAACGGUAGCUGCAGCUGCAGCCAGCUCAGCCGCGGCCAGACGGCGUCCCUGCCCAGUUUCGGCGCGCAGUCGAUGGACUCUGGACUCGCCAGCUGGUCUGACACGGUCCCAGUGCCCGGGGCCGGGCCCGGCGACUCCGACACCUCCCCGGGAGCGGUGCACCCCUCCACCUCGUCCCGUGAUUCGAUGCAGUUCCGGCUCUCCAUCACAUCAGACGAGGUGUUUGCAUAGCACGAACUGGCGUGUAGACCGCGCUUGUGUCAUGCAGACUGUUGUCUCGAAGUGCCAUCGGGCUUAUCGGACGUGCUACUGUCCUCUAACUGCUUGUCAAAUGCAAUCAUUUUUUAAGACGAACAUUUAGUAUCGGGUUUGCUUGUUACUGAGACGAAAGUAAGCUAAUUUCAUCGGUCUGAUGCUUCUUACUCUCAGUUUCAACAUAAAGGAAAUCCGGGAUGACGUCUAAGACUUAACUGAGUGAAACUGAUUGGCUGGUGGUGCAUGAACUGGCAGAUGAUGUGUAAGGCAAACACUAUUCCAUUAGCUUUGAUAAAUAAAAAGAUCAUCAAACUUCAAAUGUCAACCUCCACACCCUUUUGGAGUUGAAAUAUAUUAAACAUCCCAUGAUCUAUA